AUGCUUGUUCCAACGCACCCUGCCCUUCUCGCCAACAGCGGAUUUGAGGACAGGUCAGGAGGUUAUACCUACUCACCUCCGAGGAUGACAUCGCGGCCCUUGGAACCAACAGGCGGUGAGGCCAACGGCGGGCGGCGGCCAUCGAUUCAUAUGCGCCGUAGGCGUUGUUCGGCUACUCCGGUGCUGACUGGGCGUGCGGCGUCUAUUCCAUCACCUCACUCUCCAGCGCUUCGGGGUUCGCCGUUGCACACGCCUCGCCGGGCAUCGACCCCAUUGCCGGCGAUCGCGUCUCGGAAUCUGAAGUCAUCAACUUCGCUCGCUUUCAGCAGCCUCUACCCCCAACAACCAUCACAAGCACGACAGGCGCGAGUUGCGAAUGGAGCCCAGGACCUGAGUGCAAGAGCAAACCCAGGGUCCCGGGGUCCGAGCCCCGGCAUUCAGGGUGGUCCAGGAGCGCAUGAAGGAGCGGUAGGGUCAGCGGACCCGAUUCAACCGCACCGAGUGCAUCCUCCCUUCUCGACUGAGUAUGAUGAUCCAAGUCGUGGUCCAAUUCCUGGAACUAACAGCUUGGGCGGGCUGCCCGACGUCAUGGCUGAUCCAAGAGGUCCGCACAAGGCCGCUUUGACGAAUGGUACAAAUGGGACAAGGCCGCCACUCCAGCCACGGCAGGGAGGGAUCGACCCCUCCUCCCCCUACCAUCUGUCACAGCUCACGAUCCCUUCUCCUCAGCUCUCGACUUUUCCAGCAAGGUCAAACCCGCCAACGGUCAGCCCUUGCACGCCAGUAACAGCCAUCUACCGCCAAAACGGUCUUGGGUCGGCCUUAAACGGUCGCGGAGCAAACCUCUCCAGUCAUUCACACUCGGCGUUGACGACUCUGCGCAAAGAUCUCCACAGUGGCCCUACAAUCGACGACAGGGCAGGGCGUGACGUUGAGCCCAACCGGGCUCUGUCCUCGUCAACGCUGCCCCGCCUUCCAGCGCUGUCCAUCUCGUUAAACGGCAUCAACGGGAAUGCCGGACGUCCGUCUCACCACUCGUCUUCGCGCCUCAGCUCGAACAAUACGUCAUCCCUGUCAGUCGAUACUGAAGCUUCUGGACUGGUCGCCGGCGCUCCACGACAGUAUGACACGACACGCGACCACUUACUUCACCCUGCCACCCCGCUCACUGCGAGGCCUCUUCCACAUUCCGAGCGUACGCCAACCAUGAGUCAUGGCGACCAGACUCCAAUUGCCACGGUUGGACGAGGCAGUCACAUUCCGAUGAUGUUGGACUGCCCGCCGGUGAGCCCUAUCGAACAGCUGCACAAGCAAGCACCUCUGAACUGGUGUAACCCGCGCACGAGUGACCUUGUCCUGGUUGUACCCACUCACACAUGGGAUGGGAAGCUCAAGUGUGUCGGAUCACGCGAGGGCGGAGAGACAGCUUUCACCUCGCGGGACCGCAAGCUGCCGGGCUCGAAGGGGAGGAACGGCAAGGCGACCGCCAAGAUGGCGAAUGGUCACCACGAACCUACGCCUCCGCCGCCCCCCUCAUUCUCUGACGCUUCAGUGCCCUCGAUGGGCUUUGCCGUGCACAGCGACUACCUGCGCCUCCAGUCCGGGCUGAUGAACAAAGUCCUCUCGCACACUGUCGACCCCUCCGACCAAUCGCUGAAGGGCUGCUGUGAGCUGCCGUCUCUCCCCGGCUCACCGACCGACAGAGCCCCCAACGGCUCUCUCCGACAAGUGCGCCAAGUGCUUGUGCCGCUGCCGGAUCCCCGCUCGUUCCCCUUUCUCCUGCAUUGGCUGUACUGGGGCGAUGUACGCGCUUUCGAGCGUGCGCUCUCUUCUGGUCACGUUAACUGGAACGGGGUCAUUGCGAACGCCGACUUCCUCGAGGUCGACACACGCACCAAGAAGGUCGUGGCGCACUGGUGGCGUAGGUGGGUGCAGUUCUCUCCCGAGGGGAGGACUCACCCCGAUACGUAUGAUUCCGACGAGUAUGCGGACAACGAGGAGGACUUUGAGUCCGACGAAUCAAUGGCGCCCCUGUCGGAGAAGGAGCAGCAGGCCGCCGACGAGAUGACCAAGCUUCUCAUGAGCCUUUAG